CCUGGCUCUUCCUCUAUAUUAAACUGAACCAGCUCUGAGUACCCGUGCCAUACAAGAAGGAAGCCAUGGAUGGACUGCGAUGGACUGCCUUCAUGGUGCUCUGCCUUGGACUUGCAGGAGCUUCUGAAGUCCAGAUCAUCAAUGGACAUGAGGCCAAACCACACAGUCGACCCUACAUGGCUUACCUGAGCAUUGAGAUGGAAGAUGGCAGUGGUACAUGCGGAGGAUUUCUCAUUAAUCCAGAUUUCAUCUUGACGGCAGCCCACUGCAAUGGCGAGUCCAUUACUGUGGUUCUUGGAGCUCACAACAUGUCCACGAGGGAGACGUCAUGGCAAUUAAUCCAAGCAGAAAAGAUGAUUCCUCACCCCGACUACAACUCCAGCACCCUGGUAAACGACAUCAUGCUGCUGAAGGCACUUAGCACUCUUUUACCAUCCCCUUGCUUUGUGAGUUUGUCCUUCCCUGCCAAGCUCAUCCUGGUCAUGACUAUUGAUGGUGCAGGUCUUAUAUCUUGUCUUGUUUUCUUACAGCUGGCACACAAAGCCAAGCUUAAGAAGCAAGUGAAGCUGGUGGAAAUUCCACAGGCUGAUGAUGAUGUCCAGCCUGGUGACCUCUGUUCGGUGGCAGGAUGGGGAAACACAGUGACUAACGGUGAUGGCAGCAACGUGUUGAGAGAAGUGAACGUCACCAUAAUUUAUUGGGAUACUUGCAAAAAAUCCUGGGAUGCAAUGAUUCCUGAGAAUACCAUCUGUGCCGGUGGCUACAAAACAACCAAGGGAUUCUGUCAGGGAGACUCCGGUGGUCCACUGAUAUGCAACAACAAAGCCAUGGGGAUUGUGUCUUUCAACAGCAUACUAGGGUGCAAGUAUCCAAACCUUCCCAACGUGUACACCAGUGUGGCGCCUUACCGGGACUGGAUCAACAGCGUUCUGCAAAAGCACUCGCGCUCCCCUCUGUAAAUGAGGCAGCAUAAGCUUACACACCCGCUUUCCUUUGUUCCUCUAAAAUGUCCAUUUUUUUUUAUAGUGCCACGUGCAACAAAAAUGUCAAGCUAAGCUUCUAGCCUGCAUAAAUAAAGCAAUCAAAAAUCAA